GCAGCAUGGAGGUCACAACACUCUGCGCUGUUUUUGUUUCUUUUCAGGUGUUUCCGAACAGAUCGCAGUUCUUCCAGUACGAAUCCGUCGCCUUCAGCCUGAACUGCGACCAGCAGGAAGACGCUGCUGCGUGGAGAAUAAAAAGGAACACAUCCAAACAAAUCAAUUCACUCUGUCCUUCAUAUUCAGCUGGAACAAAUGAAUCUUCAUGCUUUCUAAGUGAGCUUUAUGAAACCGACUCUGGAGUGUACUGGUAUGAAUCUGAGGCUGGGAAGAUCAGCAACAUCAUCAACAUCACUGUUACUGUCGGUGAGUUGAUCCUGGAGAUCCCAGCUCUUCCAGUGAUGGAGGGAGACGACGUGGUUCUGCGAUGUAGAACAAGGAGAACAUUGUCUGGAAAUAUUUCAUCUACGUUUUAUAAAGACGAUCUUUUCAUUGGGAACAGUGUGAGAGGAAACAUAACUCUACAGAGGGUUUCUAAAUCCGACCAAGGACUCUACAAGUGCCACGUAACUGGAGUUGGAGAAUCACCAGACAGUUUUCUGACUGUCAGAGCAGGAUUUCCUGAAUCGCCUCCGUCUCUACAUGGAGACAUUCUACUUCCUGUGAUGGUCACUGGAGUUUCACUCUUUCUACUGAUGUUGCUCUGUCUGUGGAGAAACCAUCCAGAUAAUUAUGACUCUUCCAUCGUGUUGUAUACUGAAGUAAUCAACAGACAAACACAGAGAGCAAAAGUUUCAGAUGUUGUCCAGAGGGGGCGCUGUUCUGCGUUGUCCACUGUGGUGGUGUACAGACGGGCCCUCAGACGGGCCCUCGGACGGGCCCUCGGACCGGGAAGAGUUCGGGUUUAUAAAGCCUUCAUAGAUCACAGGAAGAAACAACAAAUUUUCUCAUCGUUACAUAAUAAAAGUGUAACCCAAUCACCUAAGUUCAUUUUGCAUUGCACAAUGAACCCAGUUAUAGUUAUUUGGCUCUUCACUCAUGCAGCCUCAUCAGGUCUGUUGACAUCAGCACAUGAAUAUUCCAGCCAACAUCCAGACAUCAUGGAGAAUCAGGCUGAGAGUUUCCCCAUGCUGACUCAACACAACACCACAAACCACACCAAAGGACAAGAAUUUCUCUUGGAUAUCGGCAUCUAUACUAUCAUUAUUGUUAUUGUGAUCUUCAUCGUCUGUGUCAUAGUCUGUCUAUGGAAGGACUGUACCUGUUCUCCAAACCACAAUCGCUAUGAAGAAAUCUCUGACACAGUCAGCUAUGCUAGUUUUGAUAUUGAUUAA